AUGAAUGACUACCACGGGAAGGGACUCAUAAGUCCGUCCACGUCGAUCGGCGGCGACAACAAUACGUGUUCUACAUCUCCCGCCAAUUCGGAGACCUCGAUUCCCUCCAGGAAAUACUUCUUCCCCUCCAGUCAUGCCGAGCCUUCGACCUCGGCCGCAGCGCUAACCUCGACAGGGCUCUUUGGACUGCGGAAAAAGACGAGUAUGCAGUUCGGAGGAACGGCGAGGAAAACGAGUAUCGGCGUCAUCGGACGUUCCUGUAGCUCGGGUACGUCGAAGAACGGGAGCGAGGAGUCGCCCAAGCGGAAAAAGUCUAUCGCCGCCACAGGUGCAGCGGCCAAAAAGACGAUGAGGAAGAGAUUCUCGCAAGCAAAACUGGCACUCAGAAAGAUUUCGCAUUCAUCGACACAUUCUCAUAAAUGUGGCUCCAACACUUCGAUGAGCCCUGUUUCAAUGUUGGAGUCGCCGACGGACAAGAGAUCACUUGACUCGCCCUCAGUGGCUGGUCAUGAUAUUUCCCCUUCUAAUUCAUUAGGAGCACCUGAUGAGAACACCGCUCCAGUUCACAAAAAAGGAUUCUUCUUUCCGAAGUUCAGAAAACUGUCAUCGACCACGCCUCCGCUUCCAUCGACCAGUCUGAUUCCCAGCAUUGCGGCGUUGAAGAAGCCCUUAGGGCCUAGUCUUUCUUGGGAUCCGGAGCAAAGGUAAGAGCAUCGAAGAGGAGAUCAAAUUGUUUUAGAUCAAGAUCUCCUUCAACUUCGAGUCGAUCCAGAAUUCAUUCGGAAGGGAAUGAAGACGGGAAAAGGCGGAGGAAAUCAAGAGGAUCAAUCUUAAUAACAAAUCCAGAUGAAGCCAACGAUCUGGUUAAUUAUGCCUUUGAUUCUCGACGCAGUUCCAAAGGAAUCAUUGAUCCAGAUCGCUUGGACCUCGAGAACACAUGCCUACACUGCUCCUUGGGAACAGAAUACAGAAGGAAUCGGCUUCGAUUAGAGAUUGAGACAGCUGUAAAACGCCUAGCUAAGAGAUUGGGGAAUCGAACGGCAAAUUGGCCGCGAAGUGAUGACAGUCAUAACACUCUGACUAACAGUACCGUAUCGGUCAAUACUCCACAAAGUCCGACAUAUGCUCAAGCAGAGCAGUUGCGGAGGACGAUGGGGACUCCUGAUAUUGUGGUAUCAUCGAUCAGUUCGGAUGAAGAGAAUGAUCAGAAAAGAAAUACGAGUAGUGAAAUGUGCUCGAGUUAUCCGACCAGUGGAGAGACAAGGUGAGAAACCGUGAUUAGAAGGUAAUGAAAUUUAGUUCUGCUUGCACCACUGCCUCUCCCAGUCCUUUGGCCUUGCGCAAUAAGAAUGACAUUUUCUUCAACACAGACAGUAUGCAGCCACCAACAGAAGAUGCGGAUAAUGAGACGGAGAAAUCCCCGACUUACACUCAUCCUCCGCUUCAAGCAAUGGACACGCUGAAGCCUCCGGGAUUCUGUCAAAACAAUAAUUUCCUCAGUCCAUCCGACUGUUCUAGUCCACCAAGGAGCAAUAGUGUUGAUCUGUCCACAUUGAGAAGGGAUAUUGAGUUGUGGAGUAUAAGUUCUGGAGAUGUGAGCGAGAAUGGAUCGGACACUGGAGAAGGGGAUCCGGCAACACCAGCGGAGUCAAUUAAGACAACUAGAUCCCGGUCACAUGACCCAUCUCAUAGUCCCGAUCAUCUCCUCAGAAGGCCCAGUAGAAUCGAGCAUCUUAGCGAGAUAUUUAGGUACAACGGUGAUGAUAAACAAUUUAAAAUACAAAACUGAUGACAGAACUAAAACAAAAAGAUCUCAAAAAUAUAAUUUAAUCUAAUUUUGAUGCUUAUCUUUCCGAUCUACAAUAUUUUUCUAAUUGCUUAAUUUUCAGAAAAGCCCUGGCCAAAUCACCGGUAGUAAAAAGAGCGGCAGCUUUACAAGACAAUGAACAAAAAAGCGUCUCCAAACACCGAACGAGUAGAUAUUGGCUUGAUGACAAUGUAAGAUACCCUCAGGCUGUAAUAAUCAUCCUUUUAGUUAAUGGCAGCAGAACAUAUCUGGAUCCCCUCAAGUGGUCCGGGCAGCGCAUCAACGUCCACGGAUACCGAGUGUUAUAUUGGAGAAAAGGAUUGCGAAAAAGUUGGGGAGAAACGAAGAUGUGCUGCUUGUCAUAUAGUAGCACACACUGCUUGUUUUCCAUUAUUGGCCAAGGUAUGUGGUCCAUUAAACAUGAAUUUUCAUGCAAAUUAAUAUAAAGAUAUUUUUAUUUUCAGAUGAAUUUGGUAUGCAAGACCACGUUUAGAGACUCGGCGUUGAAGCGAAAUCCCUCCAAAGACAUCUGGGAUUCGUUGACUAAACAUCAUUGGGUCCAUCGAUGGAAAAUGGAAGGGCGAUGUCAGCAAUGUCACAAGAGUUUCCAACAAAAAAUGUUUAGAGAAAAGGUAAAUACCAUUAAAAAUACUUGAUUCGGAUUUUAGGAAGUAAUCGCGAUCACUUGUUCAUGGUGUAAAUUGUCCUACCACAACAAGCGUUCAUGUUUUUCGUUACAAAGAUUCGAAGAGAAGUGUGAUCGAGGCGCUCUGAGGGAUAUGAUUCUCCCGCCCAGCUGGUUAUUGAGGUUGUCCCAUCAACGGAAACGUCAUGGAAAAUCGAUGAAAAAGCCGGCCAGGAGAAAGUACCGACCUUUUAUCGUGAAGCCCAUGGAUGCGUCGAUUGCGGGACCUUCCCAGCCAUUGUUAGUGUUUGUGAAUCCAAAAAGUGGAGGGAAUAAGGGAUCCAAGGCUUUGCACACUCUCUGUUGGCUGUUAAAUCCACGACAAGUCUUUGAUAUUACAGCCCUCAAAGGGCCGAAAUACGGGUAAGUUCGAAAUAUUCUUUUAUUAAUAUGUAUUUUUGCAUAUAAGGAUGAUCCGAUCUGAAAAUUUUCGCUUUGAUUCGCAAAAUGUUCUGAUUUCUUGGCUGAAGAGACCUUAUUGUUAGCCAAGAAAUUCGAAAUUCUCGACUUACGAGUAGAGAAAGAAUUUAAAAAAAAUGCGCAGUAUUGUGAAAUGUUACGCAACUGAGUCAAAAACUUGGAAUUUAUUGGAGCUCCGAGCUCUCUAGCCAAGAAAACGGGAUUUUGCCAGAGAAGACGAAAUAUGUGUUAUCGCACCAUCCUUACGUAUAUCUUAAAGGUGAAUGUCUAUAACAACGUUUUUAGGUUAGAGAUGUUCAGAAAAGUGGGCACACAGCUUCGGAUCUUAGUCUGCGGCGGCGACGGUACUGUAGGAUGGGUCUUAUCAACGCUAGACCAACUAAAUUGGGCAGCCUAUCCACCAAUGGCGUUAAUGCCCUUAGGCACUGGAAAUGAUCUUUCUCGGUGUAUGGGUUGGGGAGGAAUGUUCAGUGAUGAACCAUUGGCCGAAUUAUUGAACGCAGUUAUGCAUGAGACCAGUGUGACAUACUUGGACAGAUGGAAGUUGGAUGUAACCCCCAAUAACAAUCAAUAUGUGACGGACAACAGCCAUGACGACCCUCAGCUAAAUGAUGCUCUUCAAUCCGCCCUCCCUUUGACUGUCAUGAACAACUACUUUAGUAUUGGUGCUGAUGCUCAUGUGGCUUUGCAAUUCCAUCAUUCAAGAAGUAGGAAUCAUGUCUAAUAUUAGUCGGUCGGGAAAAUAAUAAGGAAUCGUUGCGCCUUGAAAUCGCCCAUCAUUGCUUUGCGACAGCUAGCCACAGAUUUGGUGACACUGCGCCAAUUUUGCGACGAUUCUCAUUAUUCUCCCUACGGAGAGAUUCCUUUUUAAUCUGUCUUCUUUAGGUGCCAAUCCUCAAAUGCUAAACUCCCGCUUCAAGAACAGAAUCGCUUAUGGAGGACUGGGGACCAUCGAUUUGUUCAAAAGAACUUGGAAGGACCUCUCAGAAUUCAUCACAAUCGAAUGUGAUGGGGUUGAUAUUACUCACAAGAUCCGAGAAUUUAAAUUCCAUUGUGUUUUGUUUCACAACAUCUCCUAUUACGCAGGUGGGACUAUCCCUUGGGGCAGUGAUUCCAAUGAGGAAUGGCUGAAGCCUUCCAGUUGUGAUGGGAAGAUCGAAGUUCUCGGGUUUACAACUGCCACCUUGGUAAGUAAACUUAAUUUUCAAAAGAUUAAGAAAGUUUUACAUGACGUUUUUAUUGUUUUGAAAUGAUAUCAUGCCGUUAAAUACUUAAGAAAAGUAACAAUCUAAUUACUCCAGGCGGCCUUACAAAUGGGAGGUAAGGGCGAGAGGAUUGCGCAAUGCUCCAAAGUGCGAGUGGUAACAUUAAAGCCAAUUCCCAUGCAAGUUGAUGGAGAGCCCUGUCUUCUGGCCCCAUCAAUAAUAAAAAUGAACUUCCACAGCAAAGUGAGUGUAACUCGAUGUGGUACCAUUAAUAAUAAAAUUACCCAUUAAUUCGUUGUCCUGUCUUUGCAGGUCCCCAUGUUGAAAAGAGACAAGAAAGUGGUCUGUACGCCGGCCGUGACUCGCAAGGCGGUGCGCAAUUCAAGAUCGGGUCUGGACUCCGCAACUGCCAACACCUCCGUCUUCAUGCAUGUCCCGGUGAUCGUCGUGGGCAGACACGACUAUGAUAUGUAUCGGGAUUCCAUCGACCGACUAAAAGAUACGGGUUUUGAGAUUGGAGUCAUCAGUUUGGAGGCCGAAACAGAGCUGUCUUAUGCCAGAAAUACCAUACAGAAGCUGUUGUGUGAACAUCCCAUGUUACCCUACGAACCAGGACCAGAUUGGAGGUUUCUUGAUUGUAAGUUCGCUGUCUUUCGACUCUUUGAAGGCGAUAAAAUCGAGUCAUUACAUGAUUUAGAUGUGAGCAACUCCGAAGAAGGGACGUUCCGUAUUUCCCGCCAUCAAGAACACAAUCACUCCAUUUCCGAUGUCUGUAAUCUAGACGAAUGUAUAAUAUUAUUGGACGACGCGUUUCCCUCGAUGACCGCGAGAUCCUCCGCCAUCGGCCAUGAUCUCGUCUUCACUCCCUCCAAGUAAACUUUUUUUUCCGCCUUUCUUUGUUGUCCCGUGAAUGUAGUGUAUGUAGUUGUCCGUGUUUUAGAUUUGUGUUUGUCUCGUCCAGCAGUUCGCCCACCUCCCGAGCUCAGUCUCCGGGGCCUUCUCGGCUGAAGAGGGGCCAUCGUUGACCCCGAGUUUCCGUUUAGAUAUUGUGGUCCACUAAAACAACAUAGUUGAUGUAAAUCCGCUCAUUUCAGAGUAACUGUACCUACAACCAUCUCUUAUGACCCAGGGUGAGUUUUUCUUAAUUGGAAAACAGCAGAAUACCAAUAAAAAAUAUUCGUGACAAAAUGUCACAUACGCUUUUGACAUUAAGUUCAAAGUUGCGAUUCUUUUGUACAUCAAAUCUAAGCAAGGUGUUCCUUGGCUUAUGUUUUAAUUUCAGCAAACCGGUGACCCCCAACACUCUUUCUCAACGACGAAUAAGUGAAACCCUGCGGAUCGUGCUGAGCAGCGACGCCCAGGAGACUCAUCUCUAA